AUGGCAGAUCAAAUUGAAAAUCUCGAGGAUAGAACCUUAGAGGCUGUUCAUGCUUACCAUAAAGCCGAAAAACCUAAUAUCGCUCAAUUGGCGCGGGAAUUCGAGGUUCCAUACCAACGGCUUCGCGCCCACAUUCACGGGCGCGGGACUAAAACCACUGCUGCUAGUCUAAAAAAGACCCUGAGCCCAAUUCAGGAGAAAGUAUUGAGAACAUGGAUUGAUACUCUCUAUAUUAGUAAUAUGGCAAUUCCCAAUUCAAUUCUUGAAGAGGCUGUAAAUUCAAUUCUACGCCGCACUGGAAGCGAUUAG